UUCGCGAGCGUAUACACGUUCGUGGUCAUCUACCGCGUGAUGGUGCCUACGUCCAAGCCCAUCAUGAACUACAACAAUCAGGGCGUGUGGUACAUGAGCAAGUGGGGUGGUGGCUCGCGGUCGUCUCGCAGAUGUGUGCCCUGCGUGCUGGGCGAGACACUGCUGGGCGGCCUGUUCCCGGACACCUUCAGCACCACCAACAGGAUCGUCGUUAUGGCGCUC